UUUGAUGACUGAUGCUGAUUAAAAAUAACAAAAAAAUAUGCUGAAAUGAUGUAAACACUGAAAUCCAGUAAAUGCCAAUAAAAUCCAGAGGUACUUUUGGAUGGAAGAGACAUCCAGCACGAGACAGAACAGCAGACAUGGGGCCUGCAGCUGACAGACAUGUGAACGUCUGAAGUGAAACCACGGCACUGUUUACACAUGAGCAAUAUGCACAUGCAUAUGUUCACACACAUAACCACAACGUAGCCAGAGGGAAGUACAGCUAAAUUUAUGUUGUAAUGAUCACAUGAUUAUCGAUAAUAUAAGAUUGAAGGCUGAGCACUGUGGUACAGACAGCAAUUCUUCAACUGAAGGUGUUUCUGAACACUUUUGAGAAGAUCAUCACCCUGAAAAACUUCACCAUGAGGCUUUUUCUCCUGUUGGCUUUGAUGGCAUCCAUCCUUCUCUCAACCACUGCAAUGCAACCUCUUGGGAGAGGCUACAACAGCCAGUGCAAGUGUCUACAGUUGGAAUCCAGGGUCAUCCCACGCAACAGCCUGAAGAGCGUCGAGAUUAUCCCCAGAGGAUCGCACUGCAAGAACACGGAGGUCAUCGCUGGUCUGACGAGUGGAGAGAGGAUUUGCCUGAAUCCUAAAACUGCGUGGGUUAGGAAGCUUGUCCAGUUCAUCGAGAAGAAAGAGAGAGAAACAAAGAAAGCAUGAAGACAUUAAAGAACUCUGAUGCACAUCAAUAGAAAAGAUGUGAAACCUAACUGUGAAUGGUUUGGAUAAACUGACAUAGUGUGCCUUUUGCCCAGAUCAGGCUUUGUGCAAUUUUAUACUGAAGAUUCUUAAUUUAAAAAAGAACGGCACCAUUUAAUCUUAACAUUAUGUUUUAAUUAAGCUGUGCAGUUUUCCUUAGUUACUUAUGUAUAUAUGUAUUUUUUAUCUAGGGUAGGGCCCCAUACAUAUAACAUAUAGCAGGACCUCUUAGAUUAUCCAAAAACUUAAGAACAGAGUUGAGUCUGUCCAGUUGAAGAAAAAAAGGGCUGAGGGAUAUUCCUACUGAGUAAUUUGUAUCUGUGGCAGUAUUCCAUAUAUUUCUUGUAAUGAAUAGCAGAGUGACUCUAAAGAAUAUUGUAUACAUUUGAAUAUAUUUAAAUUAUGGCAUUAAAUUAACAAAAAAGACUUUUUUUUGUUUAAAAGUAGCAAAUUGGUAGGUAGUGCAAUAAUGUGCAUGUGAAUGUGUUAAAUGCUGCAUAUCUAAACACAGAGCUCUUAGGGAUUAAACCUAGUCCCAAACUAAACAACAAUAUGAAGAUUUCCAUUGAUUGAAAAAUGUAUCCCAGCACUAGCUAUGAUAUUAUGUUGAUUCAGUAUAAACUUUAUACUCUACAUCACAACAUAUGUAAGAAUUAUUUGUGUCAGUCUAUUAAUCCACCUGUCACACAGAGAUUAAGAAAUCAGUUACAAGAGGUUUGUGUAACACUUAGGAAACACCAGUUAUUGAUAGUUUCAAUUAAGAGUUUCACUAAGACAAUACAGACAUAAAUUCCAGUAGUUCUUACAACUAUAAGCUACCUUUGGCAAAAAAACUAUCAUGCUCCCACAGGAUUCUUGUUAGUCAGAGAUCAAUGUUCUGGAUAAGAUUGUGCACUCCACAUUUGUCUUUCUUCCUACCUAAUCUAACACAUCUGAUUUGAUGAACUCUUGUGUAAAAUUUUAAGGUCUUUCACAAGCAGAAUCAGCAGAAAUGGCCAGAUGUGCAAACUAUCAGGGCCCCAGAACUACCAGUACAAGGACUUGCAUAACUCUUUAAAAAGAGCAGGCUUAUUAUUAAGUUAUAAACCUUAUGACAUAUUUGUCAUCAUUUACUGUGAAACAUUCGGUUGGUAUUAUGAAACUGAACGGCGAGGUGAAUAGUUCAUAGGCCACGUUAAGAACUGUGGGGUUUAAGAGGUUAACAGUUCAUUAGCAGUGGUACCUCUAUCAGACUAUUAUAUUGUGUGGUCAAUCCAACUGGAGUUGACUGGCAUUGUCUUGAUUUAACCUCUAAACUGCUUGCUUGUAACAAAGCUAAUUUUUUUACUUACAAUGUGUUUUCCUUCUAAUAAUCGGAAAAAAUGUAUGUCUUUAACAUUUAUAAUAAUUUUUAUAUUCCAAUUCAAUGUCAUUUCUUUGUAUUUGUU